AUGCACUCCUCACUUCUCCUGAUCACGCAGCUAGCUGCUGUUGUCCUUGCUGGCGAACCAUGGAUCAACGAGGUCGACACUGGGCUCGAGACUUACCUUCUUGGCACCAACUACACAGAGGGAACACUGCCCCUUCUCAAGGAUAUUCGUGCCCUCCCCGACUUUGACUGGGCAGCCCGCCAGCACCUGAACGACCAAAUGUACAGCUUCUACCGCACUGGCACGGCAGGCGAGCAAAGCUACCGUCACAACCUCGAUAUCUGGAAGUCUGUGCAAUUCAGGUCAAGACACCUGAGCGACGUGACCAAGCUGAACGAGACUCUUGCCACCACGAUUCUGGGCUACAACUUUAGCGCUCCUUUCUUCAUUGCUCCCGCUGCCCGCGGCGUCUAUGGCGAUCCCGAGCGUGCUGAGCUCAACUUUGUCGAAGCGGCUGGCAAGGAGAACAUCCUGUACAUCCCGUCCAUGUACGCGUCAAAGACCAUCGAGGAGAUCGCUGCUGGCAAGUCCAACAGCACCCUCAACGGACCCCAGGUCAUCUUUCAACAGAUUUACACCAACGCCAACCUCUCAGUGACUUGGGACAACAUUCGCCGCGCCGAGCGAACUGGUGCCAAGGCCAUCGUCUUCACCAUUGAUGCUCCGGGCAACUCCGUCCGGCACCGUGCCGCCCGCUACGACACUACGAACGCCAACUCUGUCUCGUCGGCCCUGACUUGGGAUGUGAGGCUCUGCUGGGCUGUCGAGAAGGGCGCACAGGCCAUCUACAUCUCCAACCACGGCGGUCGUCAGCUUGACCACACCCCCGGCCCCCUGGAGAUCGCCUACGAGAUCUACCGAAACGCCCCUCAAGUCUUCCAGCAGGUGGACGUUCUCGCGGACAGUGGUAUUCGCUACGGCAGCGAUGUCCUGAAGCUGCUUGCCCUCGGUGUCAAAGCCGUGGGUAUGGGUCGACCAUUUAUGUACUCGAACGUGUACGGCCUCGAGGGUGUCACCAAGGCCAUCGACAUCAUGAGGACAGAGAUUGUUCGUGAUGGUGCCCAGCUGGGUGCCACGAACCUACAGAACAUCAGCACCAGCUUCCUCAACACUCGUCAGCUGGAGUCAAAUGUGUACUUGUUUGACCAGUAG